AUGGCAUACUCAAUCCCACCCCUCGACUUCUCGCGAUCGCCAAAUUCAUUCUACACUGUCAGCGAGGUGGUGCCGCCACCACAUGAUGAUUCGACCAUGUAUACUGGCUCCAGUGAGCCGGAAUCUCUGUCGCGUUCUACCACGGCUACGAGUAUGAUGACUGAGGACCAUGAGAAUGAGGGCGAGGAGCCACGGCUGGAGCACAGGAUCGUGGAUCUACGGCGCAUAGAUUCCGCGAGCUCAAUCAGUAGUCCUCGUGGGAAGCUUGUAAACCGGCAGGUCUCGAUGUAUGGCCGUGCGUGGAGUACGAAGGAUGACAAGAAAGGGUGGCAGAGCUUUCGGUGCGAUAUCCAUCCAGCAGCAAACUCUUCCUACUCCAAGGCUGAAACCGAGUGCAAGCAAGCCAUCAUCACAGCGGGCGGAGAGAUCGAUGCUAGCUUUGUUUACCUUGGAGGCUUCUUCUAUCGACUUCCUGGCUGGGUCGACAAUCCUCUGAAGCCCGGUCAUACUCUUAUCGAAAGCAGCCGUGCCAAAGUCGAUAGGUGGACGCCUUUCCCGAGACCUGUGUUCGACCGCUUCAAGCUCAAGCCAUAUCAUGCUACUAACCGGGUUGUGACGGCGGAAAGGCGUAGGACUAUCGCUGGGCCAGAGCAUCUGUUGCAGGAUGUGCUAUUACUGCCGAAAACUCGUCAGAAGGCUGGUAGGAGAGUGGUGAGUAGCUGGUUGGGUAUGCUGGCAAAGGACUAUGGCAAGGGUGUAAGCUACUUGGCGUGA